AUGGUCCGCCUCAAAGAUCGCUAUCUGUUAGUCAACAUUGUCUACGCAGACAUUCCUCCUGGACAAAAGGGGCCUGUACCCGAUUUGCUACUUUAUAACCAGCCCACCAUUGGAGAACUCAGGCCCCAAACCAUCUUGAAGGGCAUUCGCAGUCAGGUGAAUGCGUUAUUUGGUGAUUGCGGGUCAGGCUCUGUCGAGCGCAGCCUACAAGUCAAGUACCUUUCUACUGCGACCUCAACCUUCAUUCUACGUAUCUCACGAGCCCAUUACAGGCUUGUCUGGGCUGCCUUGACCUUUAUGGACCGCCUCCCAGUCAAGGAUGGCCGACCGUGUAUCUUCCGGGUUGUCCGCGUCAGCGGCACCAUCCGCAAAGUCGAAGAAGAAGCCAUCCGCCGUGCCAAGCUCCUUGUCCUGGCAGCAAAGGACGAGAUGGCCGGCAAGGCAUCAUCAGACGCCCUCAAUGCUCUCUUCCGCGGCGGCAAAGAUUCAGCCCGCAAUCUCGCCUUGGUCAACGAUGACCACGAUGACGCAAAAAUUGACGAGGGCGAGGUCUCUGAUGGAUGA